UCCGCCCGGUUAGUCCGUCUGCCUUUACGCGUACGCAAAAUAUGAAGAUCAACGCCACCAGCAGCAAGAUGGCCACACCGAUAGAAGAGAAAGUUGAUCAGAAUUUGAAGACCCGCACCGGGAUGGUGAUGAUAAGCGAUGGCAAAAGCAAACCGGAACUGGCCAGGCUGCAUCUGUCGAUGGAGAUGAUCACGAUCCAGAAGCAGGACACGACGACACCCGCCCCGACACCAACCAAUGCCACCCAUCCGCCCAUCGAAUCGAAGGAACGGAUGGUACAAAUCACGCGCCAGAAGGUGGGCGGCCUCGGUCUGAGCAUAAAGGGAGGCGCCGAGCACAAGCUGCCGAUCCUGAUAUCGCGGAUCUACAAGGACCAGGCGGCCGACGCAACAGGUCAGCUCUUCGUAGGCGAUGCCAUCAUCAAGGUGAACGGCGAAUACAUCACGGCCUGUCCGCACGACGACGCCGUCAACAUCCUUCGGAACGCCGGCGACAUCGUCGUCCUGACGGUGAAACACUACCGGGCGGCAACACCGUUCCUGCAGAAACAAUUGAGCCGAGAGACACCGGAGUCGGACAAUGAUGCCACGUGUGCGGAGCUGAAGGCGGACGAGAACUGGCGGUCGGUCAACAGUAGCCGGCCGGUGUCGAUCAGCUCCGAGCCGGAAAACCGAUGGAUCGACCUGGUGUCGGUUCCGCUGAUGAUGGCGUACGUUACGCGGUACAUCUACGGCACGGAUAAGCUACGACCGAACGCGUUCGAGGUGCGCGGUCUGAACGGGACGACGACCGGGAUCAUCCACUGCGACGACCUGGCCAUCCUCAGCCAGUGGCUGAAGUACAUCACGGACAACGUGGUCGGGCUGACCAGCCUGCAGAUGAAGCUGUUCAACCGGAACUUCCCGGUCGGCGAGCGGAUCGAGUACAUGGGCUGGGUGAACGAGGGCGUCAUCAACAACCACAUCUCGUGGCAGAGCUACAAGCCGCGCUUCCUGGUGCUGAAGGGCACCGAGGUGAUGCUGUUCGACUCGCCGCCCCUCAACGUGUCCGGGCUGACGAAGGCGAACGUUGCGUACAAGGUCUACCAGACGAUGUUCCGCGUGGUGAAGGAAUCGGAAACGGUCGACUCCCGGCAGCACUGCUUCCUGCUGCAGAGCUCCGGCCACGAGCCGCGCUACCUGAGCGUCGAGACGCGCCAGGAGCUGCUGCGCAUCGAGAACAGCUGGAACGCGGCGAUAGUGACGAGUGUCAUCAAGCUGGGCCGGAAAACGUUCGCCGUUUCGCACCACGGCAAAACCGGGGGCCUUACGCUCGACUGGCAGGCGGGCUUCUCGCUGACCGAGGGCGCCGACGCGGCCAUCAUCUGGCAGUACAAGUUCUCGCAGCUUCGCGGCUCCAGCGACGACGGCAAAUCGAAGCUCAAGCUCCACUUCCAGGACCACGAGACGCGCACGAUCGAAACGAAGGAACUCGAGUGUCAUGUGCUGCAAAGUUUACUGUUUUGCAUGCAUGCCUUCCUCACGGCAAAAGUAGCUUCCGUUGAUCCCACCUUCCUGAGCUCGAUCCAGCAGGCCUAAGGCGGGCACGGGGAAGAGGCCCCCCAAAAGGUAAGGUACCAGGUGGCCAGGACCCCCGGCCCCGGCCCAUCGCCGCCAACAACGACUGAAACCCGGAUCGGACCGAUCGGGAACCGGAGUGUGAGCUUAGGACCAGGACGCGCCACCAGGAGUCACUUCGCAGAG